AUGAGAGCAGCAGCAGCAGCAGUAGCCGCAGCAGCAUCACCAGCAGCAGCAGCAGCAGCAGAAGCAGCAGCACCAACACCAGCAGCAGCAGCAGCAGGAGCAGCAGCUUCAGCCGCCACGUACACCCCAGCAAACACCCUUCUUGCUGCAGCAGCAGCAGCAGCAGCAGCAGCAGAGAAAGCAGCAGCAGAGAAAGCAGAAGCAGCAGCAGCAGAAAAAGCAGCAGCAGCAGCAGAAAACGCAGCAGAAAAUGAAACAAUGAGCUCUUUAAAUUGA